AUGACGGACAUUGUUGAAAGGUCGGGCUUUCCGCCAGGGUAUUUUGUGGUCCGUUCUGCAGCUUGUGAGAGACUGCUGGACGUGAGUGGGGACGAGAUUGAGGAUGGGACUGAGAUUGUGUUGUGGCCCGAGAAGGAGAAGUCGUUGGUCGAGACCUUCCGCGAUUCUGGUGCUAAUAAUCAGGUGUUCUUCCUCGAUGCUUCUGGGGCGUUAUGCUCGAGAUCGUCAGGGCACGCUAUUGACGUUGAAGGCGGGAAGCUUGUCCUCCGCCACCGCCGUCCCAUUUCCUAUCCGUACCCAAACAAAUACGCCCAUCCUCUCCCUCGUUUCACCUAUUCAGCUUCCACAGGCGAAAUCGAAGUCCAUUUCGAAUACGAUCCUGCCUUUCCAGCCCAAACUGGCGCUCCGUCCCAAAGCCCGUCAACGACAACGGAAACAUGGCGAACCAAACGAUACCUCCUAGUUUCGGUUCCUAUGCGCAAGCCACCUCCAAUUGCACUUCUUAGCGGGCAGCAACAACAGCCAUUGCGGCAUUCCAAACCGGACGAGGUGUUCGAUGGGAGGAUUGAACUUAACGAGGAGGAUAUAAUUGACGAAGAAAGGGGUGAGGAAGGGGAGGUUGAUGAUUCUGGUGAGAUGUUGAGGCAGGUUAGGGUGAUCGCCGUGGAUAGGAACGAGGGCAAGAGGAAGGUCAGUGAAAGGGCGAGGAAGAGGAGGACGUGGAACGUGUAUCCUUUACGAAAAUCGAAUGCGAGGACCGGGGGAUUGUAG